AAUGGAUAAUAUCACUCUGAUCACUGCAGACGAUCUAAUUAAAAACAAGAACACAAGGCCCCCUCCUGACAUGAAGGAUCCCAAAGACAUUACUUUAUUCUAUGAGACAGCUAUUUCUCGUGAAGAAGGUUCGAACCCUAAUAUUUUACUUAAAAUCUACCAAAAUUAUUUUGAAUGGGCAACUAAACAAGGAGAAAACUCCCCGGUGACUCUGCACCAAAUUCUCAAGAAUUUCACUCACAAGAUGAGGAAAGAGGAGAGUUUGUACCAAAAUUCACAAUAUGUCUUGCUUUGGGUGAAAUAUGCUCUAGAAGUCCAAGAAAUGUUUGAUGUCUACAAUUAUAUGGCAGUCCAUAAAAUUGGCACUGAAUCAUUUAUCUAUCACCUCAAUUAUGCUCUUUCAGUAGAGAAGCAUCUUAGAGAUUUCAAGAAAGUUGAUAAAAUGUUCAGAAUUUCUAUUAAGAAAGCUCCUAGUAGAAAGAAGUCCAAAAUUCAGUAUAAUUAUAGCCUAUUCGCUGAGAGGAUGAAAGAAAGAUAUAAUCUCAUUACAAAAUCUCAGAGGAAAUCUACGAUUUCCUCUUCGUCUCCCAGUAGCUUUUGUCAGGAACAUAGAAGAGAAGCAUUUCUCAGCAAAAGAAAUCGAGAUUUAGAAGGUAUUACUCCAAUUAAGCAGAGAAUGAUGCCUCAUCCUUCGAAACAUUUAAAGCCUGGGGAGGAAAGUUCAAGAGCUAAGCAGCCAUCUUUCACUCAGUCGCAGUAUAAUGUUGAUAAAUCUUGUCUGAUCUAUGUUGACCGGAAUCAGAGAGAGGAAUUCAUCUCUAAAGCUUCUAUCUAUGUUGAUAAGUAUUAUACUGAGUUAGAAAUCCAAGGAGAGUCACUAGGUAUAAUCUCAGAAAGUAAAGUUCAUAUCAGCAGAGAAAAAUAGGCCUCAAUCAUGGGUCAGUAUGAUCGGUAGCUUCACUUGUGCCUAUAAUCGGAAUAAUCGAACUGCUUCUCAAGAGUCUAUUGAUUGAGAUGAAAUUCCAGAGAAACUCAUAUUUACAGGGGAAUGUCAAGAUGAAGAUUCAAAGGUUGAAUUAAUAAGUCCUGAAGAAAAGAAAGCAAACAGAUUGAGAUUCCCUACUAAAAGGAAAUCAAAUAACAAACUAAAAUCAAUUUUGAAAGCUCAAAAAUAGCAGCUCUAGCGAAAAUGAAGAUGACAGUAUUGAUAAGGACACAGUGAACUCUCAUCAUUACAUCAGUGGGGAAUCUGUAAUAGAUUCAUUGCAGAAGACUCGUGAGAAGUAUAAACCUCGCAAGCAGAAUAAUUUAAAUCAAGAAGAAGAGAACUUUUUGAUUACUGAAAAUAGCAAGAAGAUAUCCCAAAAGCCAUUUAAGAGUAUGAAGAAAGCCAAUAGAGGUAGGAUCCUAAGAAACAAAUCUCAGAAGGAAUGGUUAGACAGAAAUACAGAAAAUUUCAAUAAGAAAUCCACUCACGAGUCACCUCAUUUAAAACUUUGAGAUUUUAAAUAAGUAUCAGCCAGAGUUAAAAGAGGGGCAAAGAAGAGCCCUGUUUGCUAAAUCAUCUACUAAAAGAAAUCAAUCAGAAAGAUCUCCAGUCAGAGAAAUAAAGCCCAAAAGCCCUGCUUCUUAUAAAUUAGGAAGCAUAAGCUUCCAAUUGCGAGAUUUAGAAGAAUCUGAUAGUGAUCAAGAACAACUCUAACACCCUAAUAAAUCCCAUACAUCCUCAUUUAUCAGUUUAACUCAAUUUCAUCA